UUUGAUUGUAGCUACUGUGUUGUUUUUUCCCGUUUUCGUUUUUUUUUUAUGUUUCUUAAUUUCUGCUAAUUGUGUGAUUUAAUUACUUGUUUAACAUUGAUGAUCGAUCAUCUCCUUAAUCUUAAAGGUCAUUGAUUUGUUUGUUUUUAUCUUUGUAAGGAAAGGAUUUUAAUGUUGAUGACCGAUCGUUGAAGUGACUAAUUGUUGUUGGUGUUUUUUUUUGUUAUCUCUUGAUUUAGACAAUUUAUCAUUGACUCUUGUUAAUUGUUAAUUGUUUAUCAUUUUCUUAUUCUUGUCUGGCAUUUAAUCAACUUUCAAGUAAUCUGUUUACUGUUAAUCUAAAGUCUCAUGUUUCUUUUUUACUUCAAGUUGUUCAAUCGGUUGUCAUAGUUUUCUUUUCUCUAACAUUUUGAUUAUUUUUUGAAUAUUAAGUGUUAAUCAUCAUGACAUCGUCAAGGUUACCUUUGCCUAAAUUUAUUUCUGAUGAUGAGAAUAAACAACAACCCGAUGAUUCAUCUAUUGUUACAUCUGAUGGUCGAGUCCGAUCUUAUCCUCAUGUUCGAGGUCAAUGGACAACAUUCAUCUACAGUGAAGUUCCUUGUCAUUCACUCAUUCAUUUAACUGAUUAUAUCGCUGAUUAUGGUGAUAAUAUUGAUCUAAUUGAUGAUAUUCAUGUUUCAUUGAUUAGAGGUCAUCAUGCUCUCUCUUUUCAUCAAAUUACUCCUUUUAUAUCAUCUCUCCGAGAUAGAUUGUCUAAUUGUCAAUCUUUCGAUGUUUAUUUAUCUACUUUCAAAUUAUUUACCAAUGAUGAAGGUACCAGAUCUUUCGUGUGCCUUUGUGAGCCCAAAUUACAAAUUGAUUCAACUAAUUGUCGUAAUUCUCGAUUGGUUCGUGAUAAGAUUAUGAAAACAUUGGAUGAAUUUAAAAGUGCAGUUAAAAUAUCAACAGGUGAUGAUGAACGUUUCAUAAGUGAUAACUCAGAAACUGAUGAGUUCACUUUCCAUACUAGUCUUGCUUGGUGUUCACCAGAAUCAAAUGAAUCAGCCAAAAAGUUAAUCACACAAUUAGAUGAACUAAUGGAUGGAUACCUAAAGAUAAAUAUUAACACGAUCAAGAUUAAUACUGGAAAUAUUUGCCAUACAAUUGAUCUGAAAAGUUGAUGAAAAUGAAAACAAAAUCAGUUGUGAUUCAUUUUUGAUUACCUUUGUUACUAAAAAUAUAUUCUUUUGUCUUGCUAAA